AUGUCGUUCGAGGUAGGAACUCGCUGCUGGUACCCAAGUAAAGAGCAAGGUUGGAUAGGCGCGGAAGUGACUAAAAAUGAUUUAAAAGAUGGGACAUAUUUCAUGGAAUUGACAUUGGAGGAUAAUGAGGUUGUUAAUGUUGAAACUAAGGAUCUAACCAACGAAAAGGAUCCCAGUUUGCCAUUGUUAAGAAAUCCACCUAUCUUGGAAUCAACCGAGGAUUUAACUACUUUGUCAUAUUUAAACGAACCCGCCGUUCUUCAUGCAAUAAAGCAACGUUAUUCGCAAUUGAACAUCUAUACUUAUUCUGGUAUAGUUUUAAUUGCAACAAAUCCUUUUGAUAGAAUGGAUCAAUUAUACUCACAAGAUAUGAUUCAGGCAUAUUCAGGAAAACGUCGGGGUGAAAUAGAACCACAUUUGUUUGCCAUUGCUGAAGAAGCUUAUAGAUUGAUGAAAAAUGACAAACAAAAUCAAACUAUUGUGGUUAGUGGUGAAUCUGGGGCCGGUAAGACAGUGUCUGCCAAGUACAUUAUGCGUUAUUUUGCCUCAUGUGAUGAGGAGAACUCUUCCAAUAUGGGAAAUUUACAGCAUACUGCGGAGAUGUCCGAGACAGAAGAGAGAAUACUGGCUACUAAUCCUAUUAUGGAAGCUUUUGGUAAUGCUAAGACUACAAGAAAUGAUAAUUCAUCAAGAUUUGGGAAAUAUCUAGAAAUCUUAUUCGAUAAAGAAACUGCCAUUAUAGGUGCUAAAAUGAGAACAUAUCUCUUGGAACGUUCCAGAUUAGUUUAUCAACCUAAAACAGAAAGAAAUUAUCAUAUUUUCUAUCAAAUAUUGGCUGGUCUACCUGAGGAUGUGAAACAAGAAUUACACCUAACAAAAGCAGAUGAUUAUUUCUACAUGAAUCAAGGUGGGGAACCUGAGAUUGCUGGAAUAGAUGAUGUAAGCGAAUAUGGUAUUACUAUAAAGGCGUUGACUUUGGUUGGAGUGGCUCCAGAAACUCAACAGCAUAUUUUCAAAAUUUUAGCAGCAUUAUUACAUAUCGGGAAUAUUGAAAUUAAAAAGACAAGAAACGAUUCCUCUUUAUCCUCAGAUGAACCUAAUCUAAAAAUUGCGUGUGAAUUACUAGGUGUUGAUCCUUCCAAUUUCGCCAAGUGGAUCACAAAGAAGCAAAUCGUUACUAGGUCUGAGAAAAUUGUCUCUAAUCUAAAUUACUCACAAGCGUUGGUGGCCAGAGAUUCAGUGGCUAAAUUUAUUUAUUCCGCACUAUUCGAUUGGUUAGUCACGAAUAUUAACACAGUCUUGUGUAAUCCAGCUGUUCUUGAUCAAAUUCAUUCCUUUAUCGGUGUUCUAGAUAUUUAUGGGUUUGAGCAUUUUGAAAAGAACUCUUUUGAACAAUUUUGUAUUAAUUAUGCCAAUGAGAAGCUACAACAAGAAUUCAAUCAGCAUGUCUUCAAACUAGAACAAGAAGAAUAUAUUAAGGAAGAAAUCGAAUGGUCUUUUAUUGAAUUUAACGACAACCAACCUUGCAUUGAUCUAAUAGAAAACAAAUUGGGUAUAUUAUCCCUACUGGACGAAGAAAGUAGGCUACCUGCUGGUUCAGAUGAAUCCUGGACCCAAAAACUGUAUCAAACAUUAGAUAAGCCACCAACCAAUAAGGUCUUCUCCAAGCCACGUUUUGGACAAACAAAAUUUGUGGUCAGUCAUUACGCUUUGGACGUUGCUUACGAUGUUGAAGGGUUUAUUGAAAAGAAUAGAGAUACUGUUUCCGAUGGGCACUUGGAAGUAUUGAAGGCAACCACCAACGAUACAUUAUCUACAAUUCUAGAAAGUGUGGAAGAAUCUGCUAGAAAGGUGGAAGAAGCCAAGAAGAAUGCUGCAUCACAGGAUCAAAAGCAAUUAAAAAAGCCAACACCAAUCAGGCAGGUACAAAGGAAGCCAACAUUAGGGUCCAUGUUCAAACUAUCAUUAAUUGAAUUAAUGCAAACGAUCAAUUCAACGAAUGUUCAUUAUAUCAGAUGUAUUAAACCAAAUGGAGAAAAGGAGGCGUGGAAAUUUGAUAAUUUGAUGGUUUUGUCUCAACUGAGAGCAUGUGGUGUUUUAGAAACAAUUAGAAUCUCUUGUGCUGGUUUUCCCUCUAGAUGGACAUUCAAUGAAUUUAUCCUAAGAUAUUAUAUUUUAAUUCCACCUGUAGAAUGGGCACCUAUCUUCCAAAAAAAUGAUCUUACGGAACAAGAUGUCAUCAACCUUUGUAAGAAAAUCCUUGCCGCUACAGUACAAGAUAAGGAAAAGUAUCAAAUUGGUAAUACUAAAAUCUUCUUUAAGGCUGGUAUGCUUGCAUAUUUUGAAAAACUAAGAAGUACCAAGAUGAAUAGUGCUAUCGUUUUAAUUCAAAAACAUAUUCGUUCCAAAUAUUACCGUAAACAAUAUAUGCUAAUGAAGGCUUCAUUAUCAUUAUUGGGUGCCUAUUCUAAGGGUACAGUAAUUCGUCAAAGGGUCGAGUAUGAACUAGAACAACAUGCCGCUACAUUAAUUCAAACAAUGUAUAGAGGUUACUCAAAGCGUUCGUAUAUAUCUGGUGUUAUCUCCAGUAUUGUUAAACUUCAAUCCAGAAUUAGAGAGGAAUUGGAACAACGUGAAAUGCAAAGCAAAUACGAAAGUAAUGCUGCUAUCUCUAUCCAAAGUAGAAUUAGAGCAUUUGUUCCAAGAAAGGCGUACGAAUCAAAGAGGAGAGAUACUAUUGUUGUGCAAUCGUUAAUUAGAAGACGUAUCGCACAAAGGGACUUUAAGAAACUGAAGGCCGAUGCUAAGAGUGUUCAUCACCUAAAAGAAGUAAGUUAUAAGUUGGAAAAUAAGGUCAUUCAAUUAACUCAAAACUUAGCUGCAAAGGUGAAGGAAAACAGACAACUCUCAAAGCGUUUGGAAGAAUUACAGGCAACUAUGGUGACAGUAAGUGAAUUACAAGACCAAUUAGAAGCUCAGAAAAUGGAAAACCAAAAGGCUCUUGCUGAUCAAAAGGACGGUUUUGUUCUAGAUUCUAAAUCAUUAAAGGAUCAAUUAAUAAAGGCUAAUAAGGAUGUUGAAAGUGUUAAGUUUGAACUUGCCACUUUGACAGCCAAAUACACAGAAAUGGAAGCAGAAUCAAAGAAUCAAUUGGAUGAGUUAGAAAGAACAAAGACUCUAUUAACAGAAUCUAAGACUCAGAACUCCGACUUAUACAGUGAGAUAAAAUCUUUAAAAGAGGAAUUAGCUCACUUGCAGACUUCGAUUGCGUUAGGCACUGUUACAACGAACACGAAUAUUGUGCCACAUACGCCAUCAAGAGAAAAUAGGAUGCCAAGUGGACAUAUGCGUGCUGCUGAGGAAAAUAUAUCACCUAACCAAUUGAAAUCAAUACCUUCAGAUACAGCUGCAGACCAUGUUUCUGUUAAUGGAUACGGCAUGGAUGAUGAUAUUAUAAAUACCAACACGUUGACACAAAUAAAUGAAGAGUUGUAUAGAUUAUUGGAAGGUACUGACGUCUUAAAUAAUGAAAUUACGGAAGGAUUACUUAAGGGAUUCCAAGUUCCCGAUGCUGGUGUUGCUAUUCAAUUGAGCAGAAGAGAUGUUGUUUAUCCAGCUAGAAUUUUAAUUAUUGUAUUGAGUGAAAUGUGGAGAUUUGGUUUAACCAAACAGAGUGAAAGUUUUUUGGCUCAAGUCUUAACUACAAUUCAAAAAGUUGUUACCACUUUAAAGGGUAUUGAUCUCAUUCCAAGUGGUGCCUUUUGGUUAGCAAAUGUCCGUGAAUUAUAUUCUUUUGUUGUAUUUGCCCAACAUUCUAUCUUGACUGAAGAAUCUUUCAAGAAAGGUAUGAAUGAUGAAGAAUAUAAUGAGUAUGUUUCCUUGGUUACAGAACUGAAAGAAGAUUUUGAAUCUCUAAGUUACAACAUUUAUAAUAUCUGGUUAAAGAAGCUACAAAAGGAUUUACAGAAAAAGGCCAUUAAUGCUGUGGUUGUGUCUGAAUCGUUACCAGGUUUCAAUGCAAGCGAAUCGAACGGAUUCUUGAACAAAAUAUUUAAUUCAGGUGAAGAGUAUACCAUGGAUGAUAUUUUAACCUUCUUCAAUAACAUAUUUUGGUGCAUGAAAUCGUUCCACAUUGAAAAUGAAGUUUUCCGUACUGUUAUUAUUACGUUAUUAAACUAUGUGGAUACGAUAUGUUUCAAUGAUUUAAUUAUGAAACGUAAUUUCUUAUCUUGGAAACGUGGUUUACAAUUGAACUAUAAUGUUACAAGGUUAGAAGAGUGGUGUAAGACACAUGGACUACCCGAUGGAGCUCAAUAUUUACAACAUUUAAUUCAAACAGCAAAACUAUUGCAGUUAAGAAAGUAUACUAUUGAGGAUAUUGAUAUGGUACGUGGUAUUUGUUCAUCUCUAUCACCUGCUCAAUUGCAAAAAUUAAUUUCCCAAUAUCAUGUUGCUGAUUAUGAAUCUCCCAUUCCUCAAGAUAUUUUGAAGUAUGUUGCUGACAUUGUUAAGAAGGAAUCUACCAGCGCACAUAACGAUAUUUUCCUACAUCCAGAAACUGGUCCAUUUAAUGAUCCAUUUGUUGCUGUUAAGACCAGAAAAUUCGAUCAAGUCGAAGCCUAUAUUCCAUCGUGGUUAGUAUUACCUGUUACUAAAAGAAUUGUUGAUCUUGUUGCACAGCAAGUGACAGUACCAGAUGCCUAA